UUUGAUUCCUAAGAUGGCGGACCGGCGAAGGAGAAGGAGGCGCGCGUCCCAGGACAGCGAGGAAGAUGACGAAUCUGGUUCGGGUUCCGAAAGCGCAAGGUCCGGUUCACCAUCGUUAAAGAGCCGAGUGAGGGAGCCCGAACCGGUUGAGGCGCCAGCCGUUCGCGUGGUACCGAAAAACGACGCCGAAUCCGAGUGUGAGAGUGAAGAUGGCGUAGGUGAAGCUGUUCUUUCUGACUAUGAGAGUGCUGAUCCUGAGGAGAAUGGCUCCCAUUCAGAGGGGGGAGAGGACGAGGAGGGAGGUGACCACUUCAGCGAUGAAGAGGAGGCCAAAGCUACCACAGAGCCCAAGGCUGCCACAGAGGAAGCCCCUGCUGCUGUGGAGGAGGAGGGAGAGGGGGAGGAGGAGGGAGAGGGGGAGGAGGAGGGAGAGGGGGAGGAGGAACAGCAGGAGCAGGGGAAGACUAAAGAGUUGAAGUUGGAGGAGAAGGGCAACCUGUCCGGAGAGAGACAGAGUGGGGAUGGACAGGAGAGCACAGACGACCCAGAGAGCCAACUAAGGGGGAAACCAGGCCAGAAGCUGGACGACGACGAGGACAGGAAGAACCCCGCCUACAUCCCUCGCAAGGGCCUGUUCUUCGAGCACGACGUCCGAGGACACGCCCCCGAGGAGGAAAGGCCGAAGGGUCGCCACAGGAAGCUGUGGAAAGACGAGGGGCGCUGGGAGCACGACAGGUUCCGCGAGGAGGAGCAGGCGCCCAAGUCACGUGACGAACUGGUCGCCAUCUACGGUUACGACAUCCGCAACGGAGGAGGGUCAGGUGACCGGUCGUACCGGCAGCGCAAGCCCAGACACAGCACGUCCCCCGUCAGGGACAAGCGCUGGCGGGACGGGGGAGAGAGGCCCGUACGUACCUCCUGGCAGGGGUCCACCCGCAGCGCCCCCCCGGCCGUGCCUCCGCACCCCCCCGGCCCCCAGCCCUCUGCGCCCCCCGGCUCCCAGCGCCACAACACCAACAACCACCCCAAAUCGUCCCCGCACCCGCCACCCUCCAGAGGUUUCCAGGGCAACCGGCCCAGCCAGUCCCACGCGCAGCACCGGAGCGAUCCCCGGGGCAGCUACAGGAGUCCCGCCGAGAUCACCCACCACCGGAACCUCCCGGGGGCCGACGGGGACCGGGCUGGGGGGCCACGGGGCCACGGCUGGGGGCAGCAGGUGGAGCGCAGCCCCUCUGUGGUGGUGGAGGACGUCCACAGCGAGGAGGACGAAGAGCAAGCGUCCUCCGCCGGCGUAACCACAGCAACCACCACCACCACGUCGUCGUCGUCCGGGUUUCACCACCACGGCAACAAGGCCGAUCGGGACUCGGGGCCGGCCUCGUUGCCACGGAGACCAGAGCAGCGGGGCGGAGGAAGGGCUUCCGGCGCUGCGGAGCCGGCGUGUCCGGCGGCGCGCGACGCCUCGCCGCCACCCGAGAGGCCGGUGGAGAGGAAGUCAUACUCCCUGGCUCGCAGGACUCGCUCCCGGCCCGCAGAGCUGGGGAAGCAGGCCUCCCUGGAGGAGCCCCCCCUGGCCCCGGCCCCCGCAGCCCCCGGGGGGGGCAAGGGCGAGGGCUGGCAGGGCCAGGGCCAGGGGGAUGGGCCGGGUCAGACUGGGGGGCUGACUGGCCUGGAUCAGGACCUAGCCAGACUGAGCCUGGCGGGGCAGAACUGGGGGCCCAACCCUCACUCCUACCUGCGCGCAGAGAUGAGGGGUAUCCCCAGCCCCAUGCACGUGGCCGGGGCGCCCCCCCAGUACCCCAACAUGGAGGAGCUGGGAGUGGGGGCCAACCGGGCCAAGCGCUACUCCUCCCAGCGCCAGAGAGCCGGCCCCGAACCGGCCCCGCUGCACAUCGGCGUCAUGGAGGGCCACUACUACGAGCCCAUGUCGUACCAAGGACCAAUCUAUGGGCACGGGGAUAGCCCCGCCCCUCUGCCACCCCAGGGCAUGCUGGUCCAACCAGAGAUGCACCUCCCCCUCCCGGGGCACCCCGGGCACCCAGGUCUGCACCCCCACCAGCCGGGGGCCCCCAUGCCCAGCCCCGGCCUCUACGCCGCCCCGCCCGUCUCCAUGUCUCCAGGACAGCCCCCCCCUCAGCAGCUGCUGGCUCCGCCCUUCUACCCUCCUCCCGGGGUCAUGACCUUCAGCAACACCAACUACCCCUACCCCGCUGGGGCUAGUCUGCCGCCCAUGUUCAACCCUCAGUCCCAGGUGUACGGUGGGGUGACCUACUACGACACUGUACAGCAGCAGGCCCAGCCCAAGCCCUCGCCCCCCCGCCGCUCCUCCCAGCCGGUCACCAUCAAGCCCCCGCCCCCGGAGAUGGCCUUCGCCCCCGAGUGACUCCGUCAGCCAGCCAGAACCCAGGGGCUGGACAGGGGGGACUGGGAAGGCUGACCAGGUCCCCCCCCAGCCUGGUCUUCAUCCUAGCAGGACACCGCAGGGAAGGAUGGGGAAAACUGAAGUUGGCGGAGGGGUCUGCAAUCAAGGACCACAUGAUGCGAAUGAAUGGAUGAAUAGACUUUAAGUUUCUUGUUUUUUGUCCCCACCUCCCAUUUUAUUUUAAUUCCCCCAACUUCAUGUUAUUUCCUUUUCUUUAAGAAUUUUCAUUUAGAUGUUUGUGGGAGGAAUUUGGACAUAGAUUUCAGGUUUACAAAAGAUCAGUGUUUUUUUUCUCCCCACUCCCUAUAACUGUGUUUAACUCUCUUUGAUGGUUUAGCAGUGGCAGAGUUCUGUCUUCAAACCCUUAUUAACCUUUUGGGAAAGCAUUUAUGACUAGUGUCCUCAUCAUCAGCCUCCAGUGGGGGUGACAUGGCAGUUCUGGGCUGGAAGCGAUGCAGGCCCCUCCUUGAAGGGCUGAGGUGUUACAGGAAGAGAGGGAGGGAGGGAGGGAGGGGGGUGCGCUUUGUGUCCAACCCCUCACCACCCUGCUGCUCUCACUCCACCAUCAGGGUCUGGGUGGGGUCUCAUCAGUUAUCAAACAGCCGACGUUAGCCGUAUUUGAGUAUCCUUAUGUCAGGCAAGCUCAUUCAAGAGGAGCUUCAGUUUAACACAAAAAAAAACUUUUUAAAUACUGUUAUUGAAGCUAUUGUUUUAGUUACCAGCCAUUUACUGUUAUGUUAUAUAUCUGUAUAUUCUCUUCUUGCUCCACACCUCCUUCUAGAUCUGUUUGUCAUAGUUUCAUUUACUAAUGCAUACGUUUUUGUUCAUUGAUUAUUUUAUCUAUCCAGAUGGUGCCCACUUAGCUAAUACCACAGUUGGAUAUCAUUAUCUAGCAACGUUGCAACAGAGACAGUUUAGUUGUUCCGGAACCUUCCACAAGAACGUUGCGCUGUGUCCGUGUUUCCUACGAUGUAAUACUGUAUUCUUUCCAGAAACCUUUCCCCUGCCUGAAUCUGGAGUGCUUGACUGCUACUGCUUGGUGAUAGAUUUCUAAUGUAAGUGUACAUAGACAAAUGUGUAUAUAAAAGUCUGGGGGUUGAUAAAGCAGUAAUAUUACUACUACUAUUACCAACCCCUUUAUCAAAUGACUCCCCUCUCCACUUUGACUGGGCAGGGAUGUCCGACAUAAUUUCUGUAAACGUUUUGUGAGUGAGUGAACGAUCACAAGGUCGCAACGAUUAAACGAAACUUAAAAGGAAACCAGGCGUUCUCUGGCUUUUGAAAUUCUAAAACCGUUGUUAGCAUUUUUUGUUUCAAAGUUUGCCUUUUUCCUUCAGGAUUUUGCUUUCGGAAUCAUUUUGUGAAAUAUCAGCCUAACCAACCAGAACUGGAGCGCCCUUUGAAGAUGUUGACCCAAGUGAUGAUGUCACUGAAUCUCCCCCCCUCCAUAUAUAAAACUCAGAUCUGAUCCCACAUGCACGUUUCGUAUAUAGGUAUUGAUUGUUAAAGCAGUUUAUUUGAUGACACUGGCUGCAACCUGUUAGUCUACCCAAUAAGGGCACGGUAUUUUAAUUUGCUAUGUAUUUUUUUAUUCGUUAACCAGGGUCAGUAUAAGUAAAUUGAGCUGCAUUUUAAAGCUACGCUGUUUAGAAAAGGCUGUAUAUAUAAUUUGAGAUGUGGAAGAACGUUAUCUGCCUUAAGGGUCUGGUUUUCAUAUCUGUUGAAUUUGACCUGUCAGCACUGUGAAGGCGUGUUUGAUUUGAUCCGGAUAUAUUCAAGUGUUUUGUUUGUGGAGCAAAUUUUGUUGAGUCAGAGGAACAAUAAACCAAUCCAAUAAAACAUA